AUGACAGAGCUCCCGGACUCCAAAAGACAUAAAGUUAACGAAACUAACAUACUUGACAACAAAUGUGCAUAUUUCAAGCCAAAGAAUGGUAAAAGAUGUGGGUUACAAGUUAGAAAAGGCCAAAUCUUUUGUUUUGCACACAUCGACGUUGCUAAUGGAACAACGGUGAAAGAUGUGAGCACUGGGGUCUCAACCAAAGAGGCUGAAAUCACACGUACUGAUAAAAACGGGAAGAUUAUUCGGCGUGUGAAAUGUACUAUCGACCCUACUCAUACAGUGUGGGAGGAUAGAUUAACAAAACAUGUAAAAAACUGCAAUGUUGUUAAGAAAAAGAAGGAGAUUGCUGAUAUGGAAAGAAAUGUGGACUGGUUUAGUAUUGAUUACAAUGUUAAAGAAGCCAGUACAGCAGAAGCAACUAAAACUGAUGAAAAAGAAUGGAAAACAUGUAUGCACAAGUGGAUAGCUAAACAUGACUUGAUUUUCACUGAUGAGCUACCCUUAGAAAACAUUCAAUUCAAGCAGGGUUUGGAGGAAAGAUUUGCCGAACUCAGCAAUCAAAAGCACAUUAUCCAGCAAUCCAGUCUUAUCGGGCAGCUCAUUAACAACGGCCUGAUUUCCGAAAAUGAAAAUCCAGGAAUAGUCAUUGAAUUUGGCUGCGGACGGGCCGAAUUCACAAGGUAUUUCAACAGAGCAAUUGAAGAGAUAAACAAAAACAAGCCCCACUGUGGAGAGUAUCUACUGAUUGACAGGGAGAACCCAAGGUUGAAGUUCGAUAAGAAGAUCGCAGCCGAUAGUGAAGCCAAAGGUAACCAGAAUGUAAAAGUUGAGAGAUUGAAAGUUGAUAUCAAGGACCUGAAGCUGAUCGAAGCAUUACGGGGAUUUCAGAUGCAGAAGGACAGCAGCAUUGUAGGGAAGGAGUAUCUUGGAAUUUCAAAGCAUUUAUGCGGAGUGGCUACUGAUCUUACAUUGAGGUGUCUCAUCAAUACAACGAGAGACAUUUCGCUGAGCAAAGAUGAUCUACACCUCAAGGGGUGUCUGGUUGCCAUGUGUUGCAGACAUUGCUGCAAGUACGAAUGGCUGCUGACGGAGUCCAAGGACUUUCUGAGAGAGCAAUUUGAAAUUGACGAAACCAACUUCAUUUAUCUACGAAAAAUGUUUGCAUGGGCUACUAAUGGAGUUCCGCCAGGCAAAUCAAAGGACGAAGUUGGCGAUCAUUUCAGUGGCCUCUCCAUUGGCGAGCGUGAAGUGAUAGGGUUGAAGAUGAGGCGUAUCCUGGACGAAUCGCGUAAGUAUGCAAUGGUGAAGAAGGGGUUUGAGGUAAAGAUUGUCCGGUACGUUGAGAGGAACGUCAGUUUGGAGAACAACUGCAUUAUUGUCAAGAACGCGAUUUGA